AUGGCGAAGACGCAGGCGCAGCUGGAGGAGGAGAUUAAAUCGGUGUACGAGCAAAUCGAAGAGUACAAGCGCAAGUACCAUGAAGAGGUAGAACUCAAGCGAGAGCGCGAGGAGGAGCUGCGGAAGAAGGAGGACCAAGCGGCCAGCGCUGGGACUCUCGCGAGUAGUACUUCGGGCAGCAGUAGCACUACGACUGCCUCGUCGGCUGCAGCUGCCCCCGCGUCGCCGUGGCGCGCGGCCGUUCGAUUGAGCGGCUCUCCCUCGGUCUCCUCCAACUCGUCGCCGAGCUCGUCCACCUCAACCACCCCCCACGCCAGCAACGACAGCGUGCCCACCCGUCGGCCACUCUCGAAGAACGAGGAAGAGUUGAAGAAGGACAAGAAGGAGAAGAAAGACAGGAAGGAGAAGAAAGAGAAGAAGGAAAAGAAGAAGCACAACAAGAGUCUCACUCGCCACAGCUCGGGCGCUGUGCCCACCACGGCACCUUCUUUGCCGAUAGGGGGCGAGGCUGCGGCAGCCGCUACGGCGGUGGCGGAGAAGACCUUCACGGUGAGGUCGCUCCAAGCCCACAAGGCCACCUCCAAGAACGAGCUCUCCUUCGCCAAGGGCGUCACCAUCACCGUCAUCGAGGAGAACAAGACGGACGAUCUGUUCAAGGGCCAAAUCGGCAAGAAGGAGGGCUGGUUCCCGUCCUUCUACGUUGUGCGCACGUAG